GCGUGCGCAUGCGCGAUGCGGCCCUCCCCCGGUGGCGCUUUCUGCUGCAGCAUGGAAUUCCGCUCCGCUCGGCAAGCGAUACUGCAACUGCUUCGUACCGUGGCACCGGCCGACCUCCCAGCGCUGCUCAAGUGGAUGAGAACUACCCGAGAUUUUGAUGAGUUCACUCAAGAUAAUAAUGACAGUAUCUUGAAAAACAUAGCAGAUGAUCUUCGGAAUUGCUUACCUCUAGAAACCAUGCUUUUCUCAGAACGUCUGGCCCUCCAAAAAAUACAGCAGCGGCCAGAACCCACAGUUCACGUUGAUGCAUUCCUUUAUGAUGAAGAUUUUAUUGAUUCAUUAUGUGAGGAAGGAAAAAUGAGCAGAAACUACUGUAUGGUGUGUGGCUCACACCAGACAGCACCUUUAGGAUUUAUUUCUCAUUCCUUCUCUCUCAUGGAAUUGAAGUUCAUUUAUCAUCAUGUGCUCCCUGACCUGUCGGGAAAGCUCUUGGUUGAUGUCGGCUCCAGGCUUGGCACAGUCCUUUAUGGGGGUUAUCUUUACAGUUCAGCAUUGCAACUGUAUGGAGUAGAAUUGAAUGGAGACUUUUGCCAGUUGCAGGAAAUGAUCAUAAAAAAGUACCAGUUCACUGACAGAAUAAAGGUGCUUCAUGCAGACAUCUGUACCCAGGAUGCACUUCUGCAAAAUGCCGAUGUUGUUAUAAUGAAUAACGUCUUCGAAUAUUUUCUUGAUGAGGUAGAACAAGCCAGAGCCUGGGAAUAUAUCAGCCAUAAUGUAAGGAAACAAGGAUCCUUAUUAGUGACAGUACCAAGUAUUGAAGAGUCUCUCUCAGGUCUUCAGGUUAAUAUACAGUUAUCCCCCUGGGUAGAAGAGGUACCACUGAACUAUGACGUAUACCCAGGAAACGAUAUUGACAGGGAAGCUCUUGAACAAAUACAUUUAUAUAAGAUCCUCCAGCAGUAGAAUAGCCCUACCUCAGUGUAAUGUUUUUUGAGCAUAUUACAAAAUAAUGAAAAAGACACA